AAUAUUUUUUAAUAAAGUUCACAUGAAUAUUUUAUAAUAAUAUUUAAAUUAUAAUUUACUUUUAUUUAAUAAAUGUAUUUUUUAAAAAAUAAAUUGAAAGAAGAAAAUUAUAAGAAAAACUAUUAUGAUUAACAUAAAAUAAAAAUUAUUAAAAUGUGAAGGGUUCAAAAAUCUUGGGGUGUAAAUAUAAAUGAUAAUAUAUUUAUUUAUUUUUAUGAAAAUUAUAACAAGUUGAACAUCCAUGGACAAUGCUUCUUCAGAGGAAGUAUAGACCACACCUCAGCAUGGCUAUUUUAAUCCCAUUCUUCCAACAACUCACCGGAAUUAAUGUGAUUAUGUUCUAUGCCCCUGUUUUGUUCAACACAAUCGGGUUUGGAGACGAUGCUUCACUUAUGUCUGCUGUCAUUACUGGGGUUGUUAACGUUGGUGCUACUUCGGUCUCCAUUUAUGGAUUGAUCUUAGUAUCUACUUCCCUCAUAAUCCCAAACCGUUCUCAUCGAGUCACAACUGUUGGGUGGAUUUGUGCAGUGUUUUUUGUUUGUGUUUUUGCUGCUCCUCUUAGUAUCAUGAGAAUUGUGAUUAAAACAAAGAGUGUGGAAUACAUGCCUUUUGCUUUGUCAUUCUCCUUGACAUUAUGUACUGUUAUGUGGUUCUUCUACGGUCUUUUAGUAAAUGAUUUAUUUAUUGCGUCACCAAGCAUCUUAGGAUUCGUUUUCGGGAUCGCUCAAAUGAUUAUCUACCUGGUUUACAAAAAUGCCAAGAAAGAUGAGUUGCCACAGUUUAAAUUACAAGAGUUAUCAGCAAACGACGUCGUUCGGGAGAGAACGACAAAAGAAGAGUCCACCAAACAUCGUUUGCUGAUAACUCUUCUUCUGUCGUUCUCUCCCGAACGACGUCGUUUGCUGAUAACUCUUGUAAUUUAAACUGUGGCAACUCAUCUUUCUUGGCAUUUUUGUAAACCAGGUAGAUAAUCAUUUGAGCGAUUCCGAAAACGAAUCCUAAGAUGUUUGGUGACUGUUCCAAUAAAUAAUUCAAUUAAUUAAUUAAUUAAUUUGGUAUAUAUUGUGUUAAUAAAUUAAUAAUCUGCUUAUUUAAUAAAUUAAAGAAAUUACCGCAAUAAAUAAAUCAUUUACUAAAAGACCGUAGAAGAACCACAUAACAGCACAUAAUGUCAAGGAGAAUGACAAAGCAAAAGGCAUGUAUUCCACACUCUUUGUUUUAAUCACAAUUCUCUGUAAAAAAAACAAAAAACAGAGAAGUUUGUUAGAAGUGAUCAUAGAUUAAUUAAUGUUGAAUUAAAAUUUCACAUAAUUAAUUAAUUGGUAAAUUGAUGAUAAAUUAAAAUUACCAUGAUACAGUAGAACCUCUAUUCAAGAAUAACCUCUAAUUUGUUAUAAAAAAUGAAGUCCCAAUUUGGGCCAGUUAUAAAUAAGAAUAACCUCUAUAUUGUAAUUAGUUAUACAUUUUUUAAGUCCCGUAUUAAUAAAAUAUACCUCUAUAUAAGAAUAAUUAGAUCUUAAAUAAAUAUAUACAUAUAUUUUAUAAAUUUACUUAUGUAAAAUUAAUAAUUUUAUUUCAAAUUAUAGUACAUGUAUAAAUAUUAUAUGUACUCGAAAAUAAUUUUAAUAUAAUAUAGUAUUAAGAAUUGUUUAUUGGUAUUUUUGUUACAUUGAUAUUUUUUGAUAUUUUGAUUUUUUUUUUUCAAGUGUAACUCUAUUUAGUUAUAACCUCUCAAUUAGAACAUUAUUUUCUUAGUCCCAAGUGUAUUCUUGAAUAGAGGUUCUACUGUACUAAUAAGAGGAGCAGCAAAAACACAAACAGAAAACACUGCACAAAUCCACCCAACAGCUGUGACUCGAUGAGAACGGUUUGGGAUUAUGAGGGAAGUAGAUACUAAGAUCAAUCCAUAAAUGGAGACCGAAGUAGCACCAACGUUAACAACCCCAGUAAUGACAGCAGACAUAAGUGAAGCAUCGUCUCCAAACCCGAUUGUGUUGAACAAAACAUAGGCAUAGAACAUAAUCACAUUAAUUCCGGUGAGUUGUUGGAAGAAUAGGAUUAAAAUAGCCAUGCUGAGGUGUGGUCUAUACUUCCUCUGAAGAAGCAUUGUCCAUGGAUGUUCAACUUGUUAUAAUUUUCAUAAAAAUAAAUAAAUAUAUUAUCAUUUAUAUUUACACCCCAAGAUUUUUGAACCCUUCACAUUUUAAUA